UGUUGGUCUUACCAGGUAGGCACGGUCGUUCCCAUGUAUCGAGGGAUGAGUAUUGAGGUUCCAAUGAGUUUGGGUUUGUGUUUGUGUUUGAGACCAAAAAGGAGACCAAACCUUGCAAACAAAGUGCGCAGCCGCCAAGAACUUACCGUUACCAGUGUGAUGUGCCCUGCUUCCGAGACAAACACAAUGGCACUUCGUUUUGAGGUUCUUGGCAGGUUCAACCGUGCUCGUGCCUCUCUAUUGACUCUCCCUCAUUUUGUGUGCCAAACGCCUUUAUUUAUGCCGGUGGGCACACAGGGAACAAUCAAAGGAUUGACAACUAGCCAGCUUGAGGAUAUUGGUUGCCAAAUAAUACUUGGAAAUACAUAUCACUUGGCCCUUCGACCUACUUCCGAGCUUCUUGAUGAAGCUGGUGGUCUUCACAAUUUUAUGAACUGGCCGCGUGCUCUGCUUACAGACUCUGGUGGCUUUCAAAUGGUUUCAUUGUUGCAUCUUGCUGAUAUCACAGAAAAAGGGGUCACAUUUCAGUCACCAGUAGAUGGAAAGCCAAUGCUUCUAACACCUGAGGAAUCAAUACAAAUACAAAAUAGAAUUGGAGCAGAUAUCAUUAUGGCUCUUGAUGAUGUUGUAAAGACGACCAUUACUGGUCCAAGAGUUGAGGAAGCUAUGUAUCGAACACUUAGAUGGAUAGACAGAUGUAUAGCAGCUCACGGGAGACCUCAUGAUCAGAACUUGUUUGGUAUUGUGCAAGGUGGCUUAGACCCUGUAUUGAGGGAUAUCUGUGUCAAGGGUAUGGUGGAGCGCAAUUUGCCUGGCUAUGCUAUUGGUGGUCUUUCAGGCGGUGAAGAUAAAAAUUCAUUUUGGCGAGUUGUUGCUCAGUGCACUGCUGCUUUGCCUGAGGAUAAACCACGAUAUGUCAUGGGAGUUGGUUAUCCACUUGAUAUUGUUGUCUGUAGUGCUUUGGGUGCUGACAUGUAUGACUGUGUUUAUCCUACCCGUACUGCACGCUUUGGCACUGCUCUCAUUCCUGAGGGCUUGGUGGAACAGUCAAGGGAAUUACACCCAAGGUCCGAAGGCUUACCUCAAUGCUUCAGUCAACCUUUGUUCACCACC